AUGGACUUCGCCCCGUACCAGUCGUCGCCGCCGGAGCACAGCCGGCCGUUCUCGCCGCCGCGCUCGGCCGUCGCGUCGCCGCGCACCUCGCUCGAGCACAACAACAACAACAACAACAACAAUACCGCCAGCACCCACGACCGCUGGCGGCCCUUCUCCCCCUCCCAGCAACAUCCGCACGUCUACCGCACCCCGCCGCCGCUCCAGCACCCGCAGCCCCAGCGCUCCUGGCGCCCGAGCCUGUCCGCCGCCGGCGCCGCCAUAGGGAUAGGCGGCGGUGGCGGGAGCGGAGGCGGCGGCGGGUACUCGCCCGAGGUCCCGCCGGUCGGCGCCAGCUACGUCAGCGAGUUCGACACGAGCCUCGGCAUCCGCCUCGACUACGAGGCCUGCCUCGCCUACCUCGCCCUGCCCCCGCUCGGCGCCAUCGUGCUGCUGAUCCUCGAGCGCAAGAGCGAUUUCGUCCGGUUUCACGCGUGGCAGUCCAGCCUGCUCUUCACCGUCGUCUUCAUUGUGCACCUCGUCUUCUCCUGGUCCUCCUUCCUGAGCUGGGUCCUCGCCAUAGCCGACCUGUUUCUGAUGGUCUGGCUCGCCCUGCGGGCCUAUCGCGACGCCGACACGUUAGAUCGAUUCGAGGUUCCUAUCUUCGGCCAGAUAGCAAGCCGAAUACUCGACGACGAGUAG